GACGGCACCGGUAAUGGGCCAUUAAACAGUGCAUGUUUGCAUGGAGACUUGGAGAUGGUCCGGUUGUUGCUCAACCACGGAGCACGUAUCAAUCAUCAUGGUGACAAAGGUGAUACACCCUUACACGAUGCCGUCGCGAAUGAGCAUGAAGACGUUGUGCGGAUACUGCUGGCAAGCGGCGCGAAUCCGAUGAUCAAGAACAAAGGCGGAGAGACAUCCAUCGACGUUUGCGACAGCCGG